ACGAACGGGCUCUCGACGAGUUGAAGACCGCUGAGGAGUGUUUCUAUCCGUUGAUUAUUACGCUUACGUAGUCCUGGAAAUCAUUCAAGCGUAAUUGGGGCUUGGCCCCGCCGGCGCACUCUACAUUGCUUCCGCGUAGCAAGCCAGCGGCGCCCUCGCAGCCAUGGUCAGCACACGGAGGUCGGGCAAGACGCAGCAAAAUGGAGAUGGAGAGGAGCCACAAGCUGAGCCAGUGACUGCGCCCACGACCGCGUCCAAGCGGCCAGCCGGGCGUGGCGCCGGCGAGGCGUUGGCGUCCGAACAGGCGCCCGGCGCCGGCGCUGCAGCUGUGGGCACGCCCGCAGCUGCCCAGAAGACGGCAGCCGCCGGCACGGCGCCGUCCGCCAAGCGGCAAAAGAAGACUCCGUCUGACGCAGCCGCAGCCGCCGACGCCGACGCCAACGGCCGCGCAGCCCAAGGGCCGCAAGGCCCUUCAGGUGCCGCGCCGGGCGGCGGCGUGCAGGGACCCGAAGGGCCGCCGCAGCCCUUGGACGGCUUCCGCAAGCUCCCGCAGCUGGCGGCGGCGCUGGAGAGCCUGAACAGGCGUGUGGAUGACUCAGCCGUGUUCUUGCGGCCCUCGCCCGAGGUGGCGGCGGCGGCGCGUGAUGUGGCCAAGCUGCUGUACAAGCAGUGCGCGCUGCAGCUGUUCGAGGGGGGCGGCGCGGACAGCCGCGCCGAGCGCCGCGCACUGCGCAAGUCGGCGGCGGCGCCACUGCCGGAGCUGCACACGGACGCCAGCUUCGACCCGGAGCAGAUCUGGCUGCAGAUGGAGAUGGCCACGGAGGCCACCGUGCGGCGCGUGCGGCGCCUGCUGCGCGCCGCUGAGCCGCUGGCGGGCGGCGGCGCGCACCUCAUCACGGCAGAGGCGGCGGCGGGCGUGGAGCGGCUGCUGGCGGGCGGCGGCGGCAGCGAGGAGGAGGAGGAUGACGAGGACGAUGAGGAGGAGGGGGAGAACGAUGAGGAGGGCGAGGGCGAGGAGGAGGAGGAUGGCAUGGGCGAGGGGCUGAGUGGCGAGGAGGAUGAGGACGAGGAGGAUGAGAUGAUGGGGCUGGGGAUGGGCAUGGACGAUGACGAGGACGAGGACGAGGAGGAUGACGAGGACGGCUUUGGGGCGCGUGGCAAGAAGGCGAAACGGAAAGGCGCCAAGGAGGGCAAGGCCGGCAAGAAGGCCGGCAAGCCGCCAGGCGGCGGCGGCGGCGGCGGGCUGGGCGAGGACCGCUUCUUCCGCCUGACCGACCUGGAGCGAUAUGUGGAGGACGCCGAGCGCCGGGCCACGGGCGAGGAGGAGGAUGAGGACAUGGCGGACCUGCUGGGCGGCGGCGAGGGCGAGGGCGAGGACGAGGAGGGGGAGGAGCUGGGCUCGGAGGACGGCGGCGACAGUGAUGACGAGAUGGAGGCGCUGCUGCGGAACACAGCGGCGGCGGCAGGCAAGGGCAAAAAGGGCAAGAAGGGCGCUGACGACGAGGCGGCUCAGAUCAAGUACUCGGACUUCUUCGGCGGCGGCGAUGACGAGGAGGAGGAGGAGGAGGGCGAUGAGGGCGAUGAGGGCGAGGAUGAUGGGGAUGGCGAUGAUGAGGACGGCGGCGCGGAGCGGCGGCGCUCGGGUCAGGACGCCGGUCCUCGCGACGGCGACACGGGCGGUGGCGGCGGCGGCGGCAGGAAGGCGCCCUCCAAGCAGCAGGACGCCGCAGCGGCCCAGCUGUCCGCACACGAGCGGCGGCUGGCCCGCAUGCAGGAGCGUGUGGCUGAGCUGGAGACUGCGGCGCUGAGUGAAAAGGCGUGGCAGCUGACGGGCGAGGUGGGCGGCGGCAACCGGCCCGUGGGCAGCGCCAUGGAGCUGGACCUGGACUUCGAGAGCACGGCCAAGCCGGUGCCAGUCCAGACGGACGAGAUGACCGGCGACAUCGAGACGCUCAUCAAGAAGCGCAUCACCGAGCGCCGCUUCGACGACGUGGUGCGUGUGGUGGCUGCGCCGCUGGAGACCCAGAAGAAGCAGGUGGAGCUGGAUGACGGCAAGUCCAAGGCAGGACUGGGGGAGCUGUACGAGCAGGACUACGUGCGGCAGGUGGCGGGCGGCACCAGCGAGGACAAGGACGACAAGCUGCGCGCCGAGUGCCGCACGCUGUUCAAGGCGCUGUGCGCCAAGCUGGAUGCCCUGAGCCGCUUCCACUUCGCGCCCAAGCCGGUCAUCCAGGACAUGACGGUCAAGGCGGAGGUGCCCGCCAUUGCCAUGGAGGAGGCCGCCCCGGUGGCCGUGUCCAAGGCGGCGCUGCAGCUGCCGGGCGAGGUGUACGCGGCCAAGGCAAAGGACGGACGGCCCGUGGCGGAGGCGGAGCUCAGCAGGGAGGAGCGCAAGGCCCGGCGAUCCAAGAAGAAGCGGGUGCACAAGGCGCGCGAGGAGGGCAAGGAGGCGGAGCGGCGCGCCAAGGCCAUCGCGGCGGGCGGGGACGCAAACAUCGUGGGCCGCAAGUCGGACAGCAAGGUGGUGGCGGGCAAGGGCGUCAAGGUGGCGGAGGGCGCCGGCGCCGCCAAGCACGGCCGCACCGACGUCGGCAACAGCUCCGCCGUGUUCGCCAAGCUGGCGGCGGAGCAGGCGGCGGCGGCGGCGGGUGGCGGCGCCAAGACCAAGAAGGUGCCCCGCGACCUGGCGGCGGUGGGCGGCGAGGGCGCGCGCAAGGGCGCCGUGUCGCUCAAGCUCUAGGUCUAGAUCUAGCGACGGGCUGUGCGGGGCGUUGGGGGCGCGGUGGGGUGGGGUGGGGUUUGUAGCGUUGGUGUCUGGAGGGUGCUGUGUGGGUUUUGGGGAGGGCUCGGGGAGCGCUUGCAGGUGCUGGGGGGCAUGAGGUGAUCUGUUGUGUGGAAAGCGGUGCGGUAACAGGCGAUGCAUGGCUGGAUUUGUGUGGCUGGAUUUGUGCCGAGUAAGGUGCUGUGUGUGUUCGGUGAUGUGUUUGGCGUGGCGGACUGGUGGUGGGCCCGAUGACACGACACGCGAGAUGUACAUUUGAAGAAGCCUGACAUCACACGCGCCGGCAGCGGAGCAGGGGUGCAGUGGAGUAGUCAUGCUGUUCGGUGUGGGGCUGUGGCGCUGUGUGCUUGGCAACUGGCGAGUUGCGACUGGCCCGGUGAUGGUGCAAUUCGAGUUCAACUGUGAAAGCAUCACCUGACUCACCAUCAACGCAUGCAUUUGCAGUUUAGAUCCCACGCCGCCACGCGUAAUCGUGUAAUGGUGGGUUGGUGGCACCAUUGGAGGACCUCCACUGGGUGGCACGCUCUCGGAAGGAAAGCGGGUUGCAAGCGCCAGAAGCGUGCCAGGGUCACGAGAGCGCCGGUCCGCCAUUCUGUGGUGCAGGUCUUCCUCUGCUUUGGCCACUCAUGAUCUCUACCACAGGCCCGUUUAAGAAUGUCGUCGUCCAGAACUGCAGGGCCGAAGCGCAAGCGGGGGGCGGGGGGCAGCGCGGGGGCAGAGUCGCAGAGAGAGGUAUU